AUGAAACCCGAGACUGAAGGUGGUGAUGCUUUUGUAACUAAUGGCUUUUCAAAUUGGAAAAAAAAGAAGAGAUUACAAAUUCAUGUUGGGAUUCAUGAUAGCGCUCAUAAUCAAGCUUGGAGAAAAUAUGAAGCACUUAUGAGACCAAAACAACACAUCACUGCUACUAUUGAAAAACAAUCUGAGCAAGCUAAAAAGAAUUAUCAAAUUCACUUGACAGCAACAAUUGAUUGUAUUAGAUUUCUUUUGCGACAAGGAUUGGCCUUUUGUGGUAAUGAUGAGACGAAUGAUUCUGUUAACCAAAGAAAUUUUUUGGAACUUCUAAACUUUCUUGCGCAACAUAAUGAAGAGAUUGAUCGUGCUUUCAAAAUUGCUCAUAGAAAUCUUAAAGUAAUAGUACCCUCAAUCCAAAAAGACAUUGUAAGAGCUGCUGCAAGGGAAACGACAAAAGUUAUUGUUGAUGAUCUUGGUGAUGAAUUAUUUGCUGUAUUGGUUAAUGAAGCCCGCGACAUUUUUAUUAAGGAGCAAAUGUCAGUUUGCUUAAGAGAGCAUAGACACGACCAAACACAUGAGAGAAGGGGACCAGCAUCUUCGUCCGGAAUGCACGACGCUAUGCCAAGGAAAAGUGGACAAAAGGCAGCUUUACUUGCGUGGUCAAUGAUUGCUACAACGCGUGGGGGAAGAAUCUGUGAUGGCACGACAAGGUGGGGGGCGGUACGACGAAGGACGCUGGGCGACGGUGACCAGCAACACAGAGCAGACGGUGCGGUGUGGUGUUACACAGCGGUUGCGUGCAAGGGUAAAUGGCGCAACUAG